AAUUUUAUUAUUUUCCCUUAAGCGAAGAGUCUUUCCGUCCAUCGUACUCACUCUUUCAGAGCCUGAGAGCCGAGUCUCUCUUCCGGCUAUUUACCUUCAUAUUUCCCCCACAAAAAACCCAAGGAAUCUCGCUUUAUGAUGGAGAAAGCAGAAGGUACUGAAAAAGCAGGUAAAUCCCCAUCUCUGCUCCCACCACCACCAACAAUGCCUCCCAAUGUGAAGCCAGAGAGCAUGAAGCCCCCCAAGUAUUCUAUUGUCAGUAGGCGUGGGGUUGGGAUGAGGGGACGACACAUAUCAUUGCUCACCAAUCACUUCAAAGUUUCUGUCAAUGCCACUGAUGCAGUAUUUUACCAGUAUACUGUUACAAUUUCUUCAGAAGAUAAUAGAGCUGUUGAAAGCAAGGGGAUUGGUAGAAAACUACUUGAUAAGCUUUACCAAAUGUACUCCUCCGAACUUGCUGGGAAAAGGUUUGCAUAUGAUGGUGAGAAGAGCUUGUACACGGUGGGUCCUUUGCCACAGAAGAAGUUUGACUUUACAAUUGUGCUAGAGGAGUCAUUUGCAAAACGUGAAAUUGGGAGUCUUGAUGGUGACGGGAGCCCUGUUGGGACUGGUAAGCGAACGAAGCGUUCUUUCAGGUCAAAGACUUACAAAGUAGAACUAAGAUAUUCUGCUAAAAUACCUUUGAAGUCAAUAUCUCUUGCCCUGGAAGGAGUUGAGUCUGAUAAUAGCACUCAGGAUGCAUUGAGAGUGCUCGACAUCAUUCUGAGGCAGCAAGCUGCUAACCGGGGGUGCCUUUUGGUGAGGCAGUCCUUCUUUCAUGAUGAUUCAAGGAAUUAUGUUGAUGUGGGAGGAGGGGUAUUAGGGCUGCGGGGUUUCCAUUCCAGUUUUCGUCCCACUCAGGGGGGCUUGUCUCUGAAUAUGGAUGUAUCUACAACAAUGAUUCUAAAGCCUGGACCAGUGAUCGAUUUUCUAAAAGCCAACCAGAAUGUAAAUGAUGUUCGUAAAAUUAUUUGGCCGAAGGCCAAACGAAUGUUGAAGAAUAUGAGGAUUAAAACAAGACACAGUAAUAUGGAAUUUAAAAUAACUGGUCUGAGUGAGAAGCCCUGUGCUGAACUAUACUUCCCAAUGAAAGUGAAAAAUGGUAACUCUGGUGAGGAGCAGACCGUCGAGAUCACAGUGUAUGAGUAUUUCACUAAACACUGUGGAAUAGAACUUAGGCAUUCUGCAGGCUUGCCUUGCCUUGAUGUUGGUAAACCAAAGCGGCCUAACUAUUUACCACUAGAGCUCUGUUCACUUGUUUCACUUCAGCGGUAUACAAAAGCAUUAUCUUUGAAUCAAAGAUCAACCCUGGUUGAAAGAUCCAGGCAAAAGCCUCAGGAUAGAAUACGAACUUUGACUGAUGCUGUGAGAAGCAACCAAUAUAAUGAGGAUCCUGUACUUUCUGCAUGUGGAAUUUCCACAGGAAAACAAUUAACAGAAGUUGAUGGUCGUGUCCUUGAGGCCCCAAGGUUGAAGGUUGGUAACCAUGAGGUUUGUAUCCCAAGAAACGGACGCUGGAACUUUAACAACAAGAAACUUCUGGAUCCAAAAAAAAUUGAACGUUGGAUUGUUGUCAACUUCUCUGCCUGCUGUGACAUUAGUCGCAUUUCAAGGGAUCUCAUCAGUUGUGCAAGAAACAAGGGCAUUCAAAUGGAACGCCCACACACACUGAUUGAGGAGGAUCCACAGACAGUUGGUGCCAGCCCUGCUGCUAGAGUGGAAGUGAUGUUUGAUCUGAUUAAAUCAAAGCUUCCUGGCCCACCUGAUUUUAUUCUAUGUGUCUUGCCAGUGAGGAAGAACUCUGAUAUUUAUGGACCUUGGAAGAAAAAAUGUCUUAGUGAUAUUGGAAUUGUCACACAAUGCAUUUGCCCUGUAAAAGUUAAUGACCAAUACCUCACAAAUGUACUCCUUAAAAUCAAUGCAAAGCUUGGAGGAAUCAAUUCUUUGUUGGAAGUAGAGCGCCCCUCAAAUCUUCCUUUGAUAAAAGAUAUUCCUACAUUGAUUUUGGGAAUGGAUGUCUCUCAUGGCUCCCCUGGUCGAUCAGAUAUCCCAUCAAUAGCUGCAGUUGUUGGUUCACGUUGCUGGCCACUGAUUUCAAGGUACAGAGCAUCUGUGAGAACACAAUCACCAAAGUUGGAGAUGAUUGAUGCUUUAUAUAAGCCAUUAGCAAAUGGAAAUGAUGAUGGUAUCAUCAGGGAAUUACUCUUAGAUUUCUUUAAAACCAGCAAUGGUUGCAAACCAAAACAGAUUAUUGUGUUCAGGGAUGGAGUAAGUGAAUCUCAAUUUAACCAAGUUUUAGACAUUGAGCUGGAGCAAAUCAUUAAGGCUUAUCAGCAUCUGGGCGAGUCUGAUGUUCCUAAGUUCACAGUAAUUGUUGCUCAAAAGAAUCAUCAUACUAAAUUAUUCCAAGCAAAUGCCCCUGAAAAUGUUCCACCAGGGACAGUUGUGGACGCUAAAAUUGUGCAUCCAAGAAACUAUGAUUUCUACAUGUGUGCUCAUGCAGGGAUGAUUGGAACAUCUAGGCCGGCACAUUACCAUGUCUUGUUUGAUGAGAUUGGCUUUGCUCCUGAUGAUUUGCAAAAUCUUAUCCACUCUCUGUCAUAUGUAUACCAAAGGAGCACAACUGCUAUCUCAAUUGUGGCUCCUAUUUGCUAUGCCCACCUUGCUGCACAUCAGAUGGGCCAGUUUUUGAAGUUUGAGGAACAUUCAGAAACAUCUUCAGCACGCAUGACAUCUGCGGGAAGUAUCCCUGUUCAAGAGCUCCCCAGGUUGAAUCAGAAAGUGGCAGGGUCAAUGUUCUUCUGUUGAGGAGCUGCUGGUUACUCUUUUGGUAAAUACCUGCUACGUGUAGAUAGUUAGGGCAACUAGGGUAUACAAUAGGCGGCAGGCAACCCCCAGGUUUUUGCUUCAGUGGGUUGGAGAUAUAUAUGAGGCCUUUACAAACACAAAUCAACAUUUUUGCUUUAACCAUCUGAAAAUGCUCACAGGUGUUAGUGACUCAAAAUUUUGGUUAGGGGUAUAAAAUAUUAUAGAUUUGAUCUAAUCUCAGUUCUUUACUAUUUUUUAUGUUAUUAUUUUUAUCCUUCUACCUUGCCUCUUUGGUUUUUCGAUACUGGCACACUCUAGUGAUCCUGCCACUAGUUAGAAUUAGAAGUUCGAAUCUGAUAAUUAUGCUGUGAAAAAGCUUUUGUCCAUUUGACGUUAAGCUUAGAAAGAGCUGUUGGUGACCGAAUGGUAUGAAUCUUUUAUAUGUAGGUAAAUAUUGAAAAUUCUCACAUUUCAGUUCAGGUAUUGAUUGUAAAAUGAAAACAUAAAUGGAAUCUUAUGCAAGGUCAUAUUCAUGAUCUACUAUAAGUGGGGCUGGUAUCCGACUAUCAAGCAA